AUGGCUUCUAUUUUUAACAUUAUCUCCCUCAUUCUCUGCUUUGCCCUAGCUUUCCAAGCUUAUGGACAACCUUGUUCUUUGAGUGACAUUCGUGUUUCAGAAUCCAAAACAUCAGCCACAAGAUACAACGUUAGUGUAACAAACCAAUGUAGUUGCAGUCAAUCACAAAUCAAGUUCAAUUGCGAUGGAUUUAAAUCAAGUCAGCCUGUUGAUCCAGCAAUUUUUAGUGAAGAUUGUCUUCUCAUACAAGGAGCACCACUUCGGUUUUCAUCUGUUGCAACGUUCACUUAUGUUUCGGAUUCUAGGUUUUUGUUUAUUCCUAUUUCUUCUCAAAUUUCUUGUCCUUAG